GCAGAGGGCAAUAUGGCAGAGGCGGGCCCAGAACGAUACACGGGCCCGCACCAGAUCAGCGAGGUUGACAUCUUCGACGCUUUUGCCAGCGCAAGCAUUGUCGCCGUCCCUGCGGCGCCAGUGGGAUUCCCCACGGUGCCUAUCGAGAUUGUGAACGGUCUUGGAAAUUUACGAUUCGAGUACGGAGCCAUGUGCCCCCUGCAGACACGCGUGCGCAGCAUCAUGAGCAUCGCGGGGUGCGCGACGGACGCGGCAAGGCCCCUGAAGUGCUGCGCGGGACUCAGGGCCGCGGCAAUCAGGGCUCGCGGCAAGUGCAAGCGCAUGGGCGCGCCCCAGUGCGCGUUCCGGUCGGGUGGGAACCGUUGCGACGGUGCCAGACGCAUCAGUUCGGCCGAGCGUCGCGCUGAUUACUUAUUCCGCGACGCCGUCGAGAUGCCCUUCGUGGCUGCGGUCACGACCUGGCUGCGCGCGACGUGGCAGAGGGGGCUGCGCUCGCUUGCCCGCGGGGCGUUGAGGCAGUACGUCUCUGACCAAGGCCCAGGCGGGCGCGCCGUGCCGUGCAUCGCCACGCCGUGCCCGACGGCCGCUGCGGCGGUCGGAAAACUGCCAGAGGCCGCGCGGGAGCGGUCCUUCGUGAAGAUGGCGAACCGAACCAGCUGGGAGCUGCUCCGCGCGCAGGGCAUUGGGCGCGGGGCGUUCAUUCAGGUGAAAGGUGGUUUGAAGAUAAUCGCUGGGCUGGCCGACGACGGUGCCAGGCUGGAGUACUCGUUCUGCCCGAAGGAGGCGGAUGUAUACAAUGAGUGUUUGUCCUUUCUGCCUGUAUCUACGGUCGCCGACGCGCUCAAGAAGAAGGUCAAACCUUGCGUGCAGAAGUGGAAUGAGGCCAAGGCCAACAUGGAGUCGCAGGUCGUCGGCUUUGUCCCCAGAGGCUGCUUCGAACAGAAUGGCUUUGCCAUCGAGGUCGAUCGGAAGUGCAGCGUGGUGAACGCGGUUGAGUACAAGAAGCUCUUUAACAGGGUCACGCGCCUGCGAGACGUUCGCUGGCCCCCCACACUCCAGAGCCCGAAGGAGAAGGGCGGCGGCCUGGAGCAGAUGAUGGAUACCGACAAGCACUACUACAAAGAUCAGGCGGCGGAUGUCGUUCAGUGGAAAUGGUCCGAGAUGCAGGGCGAGCGCAGAGCGGCGAAGUCGGUUGACUUUCAGACGACGCUCGCCCGCGAGGAUGGAGGGUCACCUGGCGCGGCCGAAUGGAUUUUGGACACCCAGAAGGUGUACACCUUCGAUUCGUUCAGCAACAAGCUGCUCGAGGGCAUCGAGGUUCCCGCUGCGUCGCGCGGCGCGGGUGCCAACCCAGAGGGAGGAGACUCCGAAGGGCUGGAUGAUGCCGACAGUUUGAUAACGCCUCGCGGCGGCGAUGAGGACGAACAGAACUCAGGCGGAGACGCCGAGGUGCCCAGCAGCGGCGCAGGUAGGUCUGCGGUCACCACCCCAGCCAGUACGUUUGCGAGGGCACGCAAGGCCAACAGCGCUGCUGGCUGCAGUUCGGCCAGGUCGGCAGCGCCGUCGAGGAGAAGCUCGGGGACUGCUGUGCCGUGCGUGCACGGGGUCCCCAUCGAGAUGCCCUUCAGCCAGUGCGUUGAUCCGAAAGCAGAGGGGGCCGCGUCUGUGAUGAGCGUUGCCGGCCCGCCUGCGAACGCGAAGGAUUGGGACGCGGCGGACAGGUGGAUCUCCAAAUUGAGCAUCUGGGUGGCUAUGGCGAAGGGCAAGCUAGGAGUCCAGGUGCACCGCGCUAGCGAGGCAAUGAAGAAGUGGACCCAAGCCGAGGGAGACAAGGUAGACAAGGAGCGCGUCGCGGCGCUGGAGGCGGUGGCCGCAGUGACCAAGAUUCCCUCCAUGGUGUUGGUGAAAGUCUUGCGCAUUCACUUCCGCGAGUUUGCGAAGGCGGUGAACAACAACGAGUCCGCGCUCUCCCUUCUGGCGAUGGUGUGGCCCCUCCCAUUUAGCGACGAGGCGGCGAUGGAGUUGAAGGUGACGGAGUGGGAGUCCAACACUCUCUUCAUGAAGGGUUUCUUUCUUGAUUUGGCACACGAGGGCGAGGGCAAGGCAGAUAUGGUGCAUGCCGUCUGCGGUUAUUUCGAUGACUACACGAAGAAAGCUUCCGAGUGCAGCGAUUUAAACAGCGACGAGGCCGACUUGUUGUGCGAGCUCGCGACGGUGGCCGACGCCUUGCGCGCGCUGCUCGACCCGAGCCGAGUGUUUGACGAGGAGGGCGGCGAUAACCUCAUGCAGGGCGUUGUCAGCUUGAAGAGCCCUCAAAAGGUGCAGAGCGUGCUGUCCUCGGUCAGCGUCGCAGUGGCCGAGUGUUCAUUUUACAAUGUCAUGGUUGAGGCCACGCUGGCCUCGCUGAGGGACGGCGCAGCAAGUGAGGGCCUAGUCAGAGCGACCCACGGCAUGCUGGAGGAAGCCGCCCACGCCCUCCCGACGCACGCUGGCAUCCCGAAAUGGAAGGCAGGGGUCUCCAAGGGCAUCUCCGACGCGAGCAGGGCCACUGCCAUCGGCACGGCCGUCAAGUCUUUCCCAGAGCCCAUCGUCGACGGCUUGAGCCGCGUGGUUUCCGAGCUGCAGAGCGCGACCUCGAAGGUAGACAUCAGCGGCCGCGACGACUGGUUCCCGCGCCUGGUCCAGGCGCGUUCACUGAAGCAGACCCUUACCACUCUGAGGGCCGACUGCCAGAACUCCGACGGAUUCGACCCCGUCGCAGCCUUGGCAAAAUCAACCGAGGUAGUUUCCAUCCAGCUGCUGCACGAUGAACUUCUGAAGUUCGACCACUACCUCAGGAAUCGGCCCUCGCUCACCCUCGAGCCGACCCCCUGGGAUGUCGACCCGAUCUUGAAGGCGAUUGCGCCCGUGACCGACGAGGCCGACGCGAUGCUGCAGGCGAUCGGCGGCGCGGCCGCCAUUCGCGCCAAGACCGCGGUGGAUCCCAAGAUGGAGUCCCUCCGCGACUUCAUGAACGGCAUGUCGGGGGGCGCCCAAUGGUUGGACGGGCUGGGCGAGAAGAAGCGACACUCUUGGAAGGACGUGCAGGCGCACGGGGCCAAUACCAUCAUGAAGGAGCCUCGCGUCGCCAAGAUGCGGAAGGAGCUCGAGGAGCUCGAGAAGGCCGUGGCCGACUACAAGGGCAUCGGCGAGCGCUACAAUGUCAAAAUGGACAAGACCUGGUUGGAUGACGCCGAGAAUGUUAUUCGGUGCUGCUGGAUCUCCCACGUGAUGGGCCUGCUCUUCACUGCGUUCAAGACGGCGACGGACAAGACGGCCUUGCGCGAGAAGUGCGCGAAGCAUUUGGCCUUGCUGAACCGUCCAGGUGGUAAAGAUAUCGGCCGCACGCUGCUGCCGAAGGCAGUCCACGUGCGCGCUGAGCCCGCCCUGCUGUUCAAGGUCCAGCCUCCAUGGCAUUCACUGGACAAGUGCCCGCAGAUCCAGCCGUUGCCCGCAAUCAAGGCGAUACUGACAAGAUGGUUGCUGUCACAAGCAUUCG